UGCGCCCUGCGGACCGGAGCCAUGGCGGACGGCGGCCACGCCGGCCAGGCUCGCGCGCUGCUGCAGCAAUGCCUGCACGCUCGCCUGCAAGUGCGCCCGGCCGAGGGGGACGCCGCGGCGCAGUGGGUGGAGAUUCGGAGAGGACUGGUGAUCUAUGUGUGUUUCUUCAAGGGAGCUGACACAGACCUUCUUCCCAAAAUGGCUAAUACGUUAUUGAAUGUGAAACUAAGUGAGACAGAAAGCGGCAAGCGUGUGUCCAUCCUGGAACUGCCUGGCGACGUUCUGAUCAUCCCUCAGGCCACCCUCGGGGGCAGGGCGAAAGGGAGGAGCGUGCAGUACCACUCCAACUGUGGAAAGGAGGAGGGCUUCGCCCUGUACUCGCAGUUUGUCAGCCUGUGCGAGGAAGCCGUGGCCGCCAGCAGCAAGUGUGCGGAAGCCGGGGUCGCGGUGCUGCAUGGCACAUACGGGAACAGGCAGGUGCUGCAGCUGGACACCAAUGGGCCGUACACGCACCUAAUUGAGUUCUGAAAGCCUCCUCUCCACAGCCGCUUCCUGGCGUAAAAGGACCGGCCUGGCCUGUUGGUCGGGCGUUUUGUUUUAUUCUGUUUGUACCUUUAUUCUGCUCUGUUUUUUACCCCUUCGUCUUAAAGACACAGAUCUGCAAUGUAUGUAGCAAGAGAAUCCUGGAUCCAAGCCAGGCACAUCGGCACAUUCCUUUAACCCCAGUGUUCGCGAGGCAGACGCUAGCACAUAUCUGGGCGUUCGAGGCCAGGCUGGUCUACAUGGUGAGUUCUAGGGCGGCCAGAACUACAUGAUGAGACCCUGCCUCGAAAAUCCAAAAAUAAAUAAGUAAAUACAAAUAAAAAUAAAUAUUAACAACUUACGGAUAUUUUUUUAAGUGCAAAAUAAAUUACCAGAAAUAGACAUUU